AUGAAAAAAAGUCAGGGUUUUUCCAAGGUUGGAAAAUUCAAUUGUAAAUCAACUUUAAAUUAUCAUGACAAUAGUAACUAAUUCCCUAUUCGAAUUUUUCUUUUCAGAGGCAUCUACCAAGCCACGUGUUUGUGGCUCGCAUAUAUUCGACAUGGCAGACGAGGUCCAAACUCUUCUCAGUCCUACAGUACCCCGUGGGAAGCAUCGGCGACUUAUUCUCGGUGUGGCGAGAUCGCGGAUCUUUCAGCGAAAACGCCAUUCGUCUCAUUGCUUCCGAGCUUGCCUGCGCUUUGGGUGAGAGAAACUUUUUAACGAAGUCUGAAGAAAGUCUCAGACUUUCUACAUCGCCACGACGUCAUCUACCGCGACGUCAAGCUGGAGAACAUAGUUCUCGACGCAUCAGGCCACGUUUUGCUCAUCGAUUUCGGGUUGGCGAAAAAGCUUCGGAACGGCGCUUACACCAACACAAUAUGUGGAACCUUACAGGUAUCCAUCUGAAUAGUUUUUAAUUUGCAGAUAAAAAUAACUCACCUAACUGGUAAGUCGGUUUUUAUGUUUUUGAAGCCUGGGUAGAAGUUUUUAGAGACCUUAGUAACAAAAUACAAGGUACUAUUUUUCUUUCAGCGUCUUUUUCGACAUUUUCAGCAUUUUAUCUAUUUUUGUGUCAUCUGUUUUGUCGAGUUUUUUUCAACAAAAACAGUUGACCUGAAAUAAAUCAAUUUAAGACGAAACUUUUUUUUGGAGCUCUUCAAUCUUUAUUUUGCGCUAGAGAAAAAAACUUCAAAGUGAUAUGUAAUAUUGACUUUUGGUAAAGUUGAUUUAUUCGUUAGUCGUAUAAACUUCAGUACAUGUCUCCGGAUGUGGCUUCCGGUCGGCCUUACUCCAACUACGUGGACUGGUGGUCCCUCGGAGUCCUUUUGCACGUCCUUUUCACUGGGAUCUACCCAUAUCCCAAUGCAGAGGCCGCACAUCAUGCAGAUUUGAAGUGAGAUCAUUUUUGUUACUCCCAUAACCUUGUUUCAUUCAGAUUCAUCGACUACAGUACGCCCAUCGGGUGCAGCAAACAAUUCGGCAACCUUUUGGACAGGGUCUAUCAAAAGUUGAAAUAAACGUUGAGCCUGUUUUUCAGAUUCUGGCGGUUCCGCUCCAACACAGACUGUGCUCUUUCACCGUCUUCCACGCUCAUCCCUUCUUUCAGAAUCUGUCAUUUCGAGACGUCGAAGACAGAAAGGUGCUUCUUUUUGAAUCAAAUCCCCGUUUAUUUGCAAAAAGUCGUGGUUGUGUGUCUAUAGUGAGGAGAUGAACUCUAGAGUCAAAUGACUUGCUUUUUCGGAAAGCUUCACUAAACUAUAAAAAAAAAUAAGAAGAUCAUAACACGAGAACUGUUAGUUUUGCAUCGAUUGUAUGAUCAUUUUUGAUUGUAGGAGAUCCUUUCAGCUCCUUCGUUUUGAAAGGUAGUCUUGAAACUCAUGGAGUAAAUGCAAAUAUUCGAGAAAAAAAAACCAAAGGAACAUAAGUUCCCAAAAAUCUUCUCAUGUUGAGCAGUAAAGGGAAUUUUAAGUUCACGCCCAUCGAUUAUUUGGAGCCCAACGAGUACGAAGUCCAAGCCGGGGACGUCGACGAUGACACGCGUUCUUUUGACGAACACUAUGAGGUUGACUUGGCUGAAUCGCCUUUUCUGACUCUUCUGUUUUUUUUUUUUUGCAGUUUGACCGUUUCGAGUACUUCAACGACAAAUACUGA